UUUCAUCAUCGCUUAUCAAAGCGAGAUUUACGACGAAUUUUUGAUGUCGAACAGCACAGCGAUGUACCAGAAUAUAGUUUUGUUGAAAAACGACGUGAACAGAAUAAGAAUGGAAAUUUGAUUCUUGAAUUUGUUGCUUGGAAUCAACCAUUUACAUUGGAAUUAUCACCAAAUCGACAACUGAUUAGCCCACAUUUGACUACGGCUAUUCGUGAUGCCAAUACGGUGCUGGAGCAGCACGGUUUUCCAAAAAAUAUUGACUACAGUUGUCAUUAUCACGGGUUGGUUAAAUCUCACGGUAACGUCUCGGCAGCAAUCUCAAAUUGCCGAAAUUUAAUGGGCAUUCUUGUAAUGGAUGAUCAUUUUCUGGUUCUUCAAACAAUUCCGCCAAAUCUAAAAACUGACCAGUCAGGGAAACAUAUAAUUUACAAGCGAAGUGCUAGUUUGCUGUCGUCGUUGGAACAAUCGUUGGCUGCCGAAUUGGAGAUGCUAAAUCAGGAAGAAAACGAAGUGGAAUUCUGUGAUGUCAGUGAAUCAGUUGAUUCAUCACAAACUAGCUUAAAAUCUUCAGAGAACGGAUUGACAUUCAACUAUAGUUUACCAUCAGAGGCCAAACUGGAUUCAUUGUUCAUAUUUCCACAGUUGGAUCCAAUAACGCUUGAAGUUGGCUUGUUUCUUGAUGCUCAACUUUAUGAGCAUUUUAAACGCGAAUAUAGUCGCGAUGUUGAGCAACAUUUGUUGGAUUAUUCAUUGGCAUUAAUAAAUAAUGUACACGUGUUAUAUCAACAGUCAUCAAUGUCGCCCACGUUAGACAUUGUAAUUGUUCGGUACGAGCUUUGGAAAGUUCAACCGACUGGACUUGAAGCACGAGCACAUCGAAAUGGUCAAGCACAAGUUUUCUUGAAUAACUGGUGUAGACAUCAGGCAAACAUAAAUCCUGGCACUGAUCUGACAGACCCUGGGCAUUGGGAUCAUGGAAUUUUACUUACUGGUUUUGAUAUUUAUCAUACAACACCAUCAGUGGCUGGAGUAGCACCAGUUGCAAGAAUGUGUGAUCCAGUGUACGCAUGUAGUUUGGUGGAAGGUUUACAUCUAGGCAGAUCUUUUGUUCUUGCUCACGAAAUGGGUCACAACAUGGGAAUGGUACACGACGGUGUUCAGAAUCAGUGUAGUCGAAGCUGCUGCCUGAUGUCGCAGGUCAACGGCGCCGGUAAAACCACUUGGAGUGCUUGUUCUGUUCGUGAAUUCAAUGCUUUUCUGCUACAGCUUGAUGAAAGUGGCCGUGGGAACUGUUUGCGUGAUGCUGCAGAAAGUCUAGCUACACACGAUCAUCUACGAGAUGGUAGGCUUCCAGGGCAGAGGUUUACUCCUGAUCAACAGUGCUCAUACUUUUGGGGAAAAGACUUUCAUGUGGAAAUUCCUCAAGGAAGAACGAUGGAUGAUAUUUGUCGUAUUUUAUGGUGUGGUAAUAGCGGUGCUAAAAUUUCAACAGCGCACCCUGCGUUAGAAGGAAGCUGGUGUGGUAAUAAUAAGUUCUGUUUGGAGGGUCAGUGCACAAACUGGAAAAUUGGACCUCCACCUGAAAAAGUUGAUGGCGGCUGGUCCGAGUGGAUUGGUGGUGAACGGCAGUGUCCUAUAAUGCAGUGCCAGAUUACCGGCAGUAUAAGAAUCAAAAGUCAAAUGCGAAUGUGUACCAAUCCUGCGCCCAACAACGGAGGCAAAAAGUGUGCUGGUUCACAAAUACGCGGGGUACUUUGUGAUGGAGUCGAGUCAAGUUGUAAAGGAUCAUCUCGACAAGAAUUUGGCACUCGUCUUUGUACAUCUAUCAAAAAUGAUCCAGAAAAACCGGACAUACAGCUUAGUGGACCAGCCUUUCAACAUGCCACUCAGCCGUGCAAAGUGUGGUGCCAUCUGACCGGUUCAGAGUUGAUACGGCAUAAAGGUCAAUAUCCAGAUGGAUCUCCUUGCGGCACAGAUCGGUACUGCGUUGGCGGUCAAUGCUUGAAGCUGGCUUGCAACAAUGAGGCAGUUGUUAGUGAUGAUGCUGACUGUCCUGCGUUAGAUAAUCAUUCAGACGAGUGGUCACCUUGGACCAGCUGGAGUGAAUGGUCAUCUUGCUCUGUUUCUUGUGGCUUCUUUGGGAUUCAGAAACGCGAAAGAACUUGCAAAGUUGAAGCUGAGGAUGACUGCGAAGGAAUCAAGGAGGAUCUUAGAAGUUGUCAGCCAUCCCCUCCGCCCUGUGAAAGCUACAGCGAUUGGAGUGAAUGGAGUAGCUGCAGCGUUACUUGCGGAAAUGGAGUUCGAGAAAGAAAGCGAACUUGUCUCAGUGAUGAACCAUGUUCCGAUAAGCUUACAGAAGAAGAGAAAUGCGCUUUGGACCCUUGUCCUGAAUGGUUAAGCUGGGAGCCUUGGAGCGAAUGCAGUGUCACUUGCGGCGGAGGGCUGAGAACUCGAAAUAGGAAUUGCACCGUACCAGACGGGUGUGAAGGGGAAAGUACGGAGGAAGAGAAAUGCGCUACUGAGAAAUGUGUGGUGUCUUCCUGGGGUGACUGGUUACCGUGCUCUGCAUCUUGCGGAAGCGGUUUUCAGAUUCGGGAGAAACUUUGUGAGGGCGUGCUUUGUCCAGAACGAGAGAGACAGGCUAGAACUUGUAAUGUUGAGGCAUGCCCUGCAAACGAAGAACACGUAGGGGAUAAGUUUAUAUGGGAUACUUGGUCCGACUGGUUGCCUUGUUCUGAAACUUGUGGUGAAGGAGUACAGAUGCGUGUGAGGAAAUGUCUAACUGGAAACUGCCCAAAAACUGAUGAUGUGACUCAACAAAGACGCUGCGUUCUACGCCCUUGCCCGCAGUGGUCAGGAUGGAGCGAUUGGUCAGAAUGUUCAUCAUGUUCUACCGAUGAAAAAAGGAAGAGGACUAGAGAAUGCAAGGCAGGGCUAGUGCGCGUUAACGAAACGGAAAAAGAAUGUCCCGGUGAUUCUGAAGAAGCUGAAUCAUGUGAGAAUAGCUGUAAAGCAGUUAUUCACGGAAUAAAAACUCAGAAAACUUCUGGUAAGAAAACAGGACAAAGCUUAAUAGGAAAAACUUUCCACGUCGAUAAAGCGUUGUGGAAUGAAUGGGAGCCUUGGCAGUCAUGUUCAGCUACGUGUGGAUCCGGCAUUAGAUUCAGGAUGCGGACUUGUGCGGAAGGAUAUAAUUGCUUUGGUCAUGGUAAUGUUAUCGAUGCUGGGGCAUGUAAUGAACAGCCCUGUGACAAAGCCAUAUGGAAUCAGUGGAGUGAAUGGUCAGGAUGUUCAGUAACAUGUGGGGAAGGUCGCAGAAGCCGACACAGGAAAUGUAACGCUAUGUUUGUGUUCCUCUGUGACGGCCCAUCCCUUGAAGAAGACAGCUGUACGAAAGGGCCAUGUCCCAGCAACGCUAUUUCACUGCAAGAUGUCAACUCCCAGUUGGACUUGCCUCAGUGGAGCGAAUGGAGCAAAUGGUCAAAGUGCAGCUGUUUCACUAUGAAUAAAUUCCGGCGUCGGUAUUGCGAAAUCCGUGACCCGUCAAUUCAAGGCUUUUGCACGGGAGCCAUUAUUGAACAGAAACCGUGUGAACCUACAUCAUGUAUUUCUCAAAAUGGUGAGUGGUCGGAAUGGGGAAGCUGGAGUCUUUGUUCAAGAAAAUGUGGUAAACCUGGUCAUCAAAUCAGAAAUCGUAUGUGUUCCGAUCCUGUCCCGUCUAACAGAGGGUCCUACUGUGCAGGAUACUCAUUUGAUCAGCGACCAUGCAAGUCAAACAUUAGUUGCUCCGGACCAGCGGUAGAUGGAUUGUGGAGCGCAUGGACAGAAUGGUCAGCAUGUUCCGAUAGUUGCAUGAACGGACAUCAGUCUCGGACUAGGUAGUA